AUGUGGUCGAUGAUGGUGCGACGACAACCUGGCGGCCACCGCCUUGCUUCCCAACGAUGUGUAGCGACGCAUGCUAGCCCAGCCAUCAAGGAACUAGUGGACGACUACGAGAAACGCCGAGCAGCAUUUGAACCGACCAAGACCCUGCCCAAGCAAUCCACACGCAACGUGUUUGCCAACAACUUGCUGCGGCUGGGCCAAGUGGAGGUGAUUGGAUUUGACUAUGAUUACACGCUGUGCCAUUACACGGAGGAACUUCAACGAUUGAUCUACAACAUGGCGCGUGAUGCGAUGGUGCACAAGCUACGGUACCCCCACGCCCUUCUUGGCGCGCUGGAGUACGAUCCUUCGUUUGCCAUCCGCGGCCUCGCCAUCGACACGGAGAAGGCGCUGCUGUGCAAAAUCAGCUCGCACCAAAAGCUGUCGUACACUGGCGUGUUCCGGGGGCGCCAACGCCUCUCCAGAGAAGAAAUCCUCCUCGCGUACAACGGCUCCCGGCACAUUCCCAUUUCAUACCGCGCAGAAUGCAUGAAGCCACUCAACGACUUGUUCUCAGUCGCCCAGGCGUGUCUGUUUGCCGACGUGAUUCAGUUCUUCACAGACCACGGCAUUGCAUACGAGCCACGCGCUGUCCAUGAGGACAUUGAGUCGUCUAUCGCAGAAGUGCACACGUCUGGAAAGAUGCACAAGGCGGUGGUGCAAGACCUGCCAUUAUACAUGGAGCCCAACACCAAGCUGCGGGAACUGCUCAGUCGCUUUCAGAAAGACGGAAAGAAAUUGUUUGUGUGCACCAACAGCUCAUAUCGCUACAUUGACGCUGGUCUUCGGUACAUGGUUGGCAACGACUGGCGACAGUUCUUCGAUAUUGUGCUUGUAAGCGCGAAGAAGCCCGACUUUUACACCCGAAGCCGCACGUUUCGGCUAUUUGACGUGGAAAAGCGACAAGUUCAAUGGCAAGCGGUGACGGACCUCCUUCCCCAUCACGUAUACACCCAAGGCAGUUUGCGACAACUGAUUGCGUUGAAAGGGUGGCGUGGUGGCAAAGUGUUGUACAUUGGGGAUAGUUUGUUUGCCGAUUUGGUCGAGCCGAAUCGCAUCUUGGGAUGGCGCACUGGGGCCAUCAUUCGAGAGCUGGAGGAUGAAAUUCAAAUCCAAAACUCUCCUGCGUACCAACGCCUUGCGUUUCAGCAUGCCUCGUUGGAAGUGUUGUUGCGCCAGCUGCAAGAAGCCGACGUCCACGACGACGAGGCGACGGACGACGGACGUCCCCACGAUGCCGCCGACGCCGUGUACCACCAUUACGUCAACUUGCACUCGGAAUUGCAGAUGGAAAUGGAGGCGCUGAUCAAUCCGAACUUUGGCUCGGUGUUUCGCGUCGAGUCGCACCCGUCGCAGUUUGCAUUUUCGGCCCAGCGGUACGUGGACAUUUACAGUUCGCGCCUCAAGAAUUUCUUGGAAUAUCCUAAGAAUUACACGUUUUACCCCGAGCGGAUGCGGCUUCCCCACGAGCCCACGCCACAGCCACCAAUGUAAGAGACGUUACAACUGCUCGUGGGAGCCAAGUUGCAGUAUUUAUAUUGUAACCGUGAACAAUUGACGCAAA